GAAACCUGAUGUUAAUAGGCUCCCAAUUUAAGUACCCAAGGUCGUAGGGUUUUGUGACCUCAAGAUUCUACUGUUGACUGAGCGGUAAACGAAAGUCACUUUUGUGAAAGUUGAUAUGUAUAUGGGAGACUGUAUUAUUCAUCGCUAAUCAAAUGUUAGAAGAACGACUACAUUUGGAGUUGGAAAAUCUAAAAACUGAUCUGACAGUAACUGUUCAGCAAUUGAAUGCCAAGACACAAGCAGUUUCAAUUUUGAAUGCCUCAUUGGAAAAGUGCAUAAAAGAGAAAAAUGAAUUCAAGAGAAUGGCAGAACAAGUAAUGAGUCGAUACCAGGUGCUCAGAAAAACUCUAAUGGAAUGUGAUGAAGCAGAUCAAUAUUCUACCCCUGAUAUAAUGCAUUUAUCGACCAAACAGCUUGCUUCUUUGUUAGUUGAAAGCAGAGAAGCUAACAAAAGUUUAGAACAUGAGCUAAUGAAUUCUCGUGAAAAAAUUGAAGAACUCCAAGGAGAUAUUAAGGUGUUGAGAAAACAACUAAGCGAUCGUUCAUGUGAAAACCAACACGCAAUGGAUCCUAGAGUUUCCGGAAAUGAUCGCCAAGCAUAUGUAACUCAAUUGGAAGAGCUUACUUUUCAGCUCUCUGAACUUAAACGCGAAUUGGGGCAAUGUCUUGAUGAGAAGCAAGAAAUCGCAACGGAACGAGAUAUAUAUCGUAAUAAAUGUGAUCGAUUGAACAAUGAAUUAAAUUAUAUUUUAAGUGGAGAUGAACGAAAAAUUCAAGAUAUCGACACCUUAAUAACUGAAAGCAGAAUGUUGAAAGAGCAAAUCCAAUCGUUGGAAAUGGAAAAAUCUUUAGCAUUGAGCACAGUAACUAAAUAUAAGAAACUUUUAGAUCGAAAGUUGACAAAAAACUCAUCAGUUAGCAGUGAAAGUUGUAUGACACCAGCAAAUUCACCUAAACAUCAAGAGAAGACAAUUUGACACUGAACAACAUUUCACUGAACAUGCUCUUGAAACGGCUUCCAGUUGGAUGAGUAACCUGCAUUAGUAUUAUGCAUUCAAAUCAUGUUACUUCGAGACAUUGUCAUUUGACAUCGCUGUGAUAUUUGUAUGCUCGUGUGAUUAUUAUUAUUAUUAUUAGUAACAGUAGUUAUCAGCUUAUUUGAUAAAACAAUCAUCAAUGUUUUAAGUUGUAAUAAAUAUGAAUACUUUUUAUAUUCGUGUGUAUAUCCUAGCACAAUAUCUAUUUAUUAUCAUUACUAUUAUGACUGUUAUCUCUCCUCCUUCAUAUGUUUGUUUAUAAAAAUACGUUUUGGAAUCAUAACAGUAGUAGUGACAAUAUUUCUUGACAUGACCUUGACUUACGUCACGUCACAACGUUCAACAUAUUAACUGAACAACAGUUUGUGUCGUGUUUUUUUGUUUACUUCUAUGAAAUUCUUCUUGUAUAUAGUAUUGUUUCAUAGCUUUGCUUUCUGUGUUAUUGAUUAAAAAAAUGUCAUAUCAUUGUAAAAUGAAACAAUUUCAUCCUUUUCCUGUUGUACUCGACUAAGUUUGUAUUAAAUUAAAAGUUAUCUGUGAUUCUUGUAAUUUUUAAAGUCAAUUGACUGAAAUUUCACAUAAAAAUCAUGCGUUAACUAC